AUGCGAGUUGGUCUACACGCAUGGCAUAUCCUGCUAGAUCCAGACGAUAACAAAGGACUCGUUCCAGCGACUUUAAGUAGGAUAGCUAACAAAGAGUUGGGAAACGACGCAGGUGCUUUGGAGGACUAUGCACCAUUUUUCUUUUGGUGUUACUUUUUCUUCAAUACGUCGUCGACGCUUUGGUUCCUUAUGCUAGCACUAGAUCUCAUAUUCUCGCUGUCUAAUCCGUUUUUGCCGUUUAAUGCUGAUUAUGCGAAGCAUCAUUUCGUCGCGUGGCCUGUUGCGUUACUGUACUGCUUGAUAUUCCGAUUUCUCUUGGGAGAAAUCCAGUCGGGUUUAACGCCAAACGUGGUGCUAUAUUUUGAUCUACCCGCGUAUAUGGUGCUGCUUUAUAUUGGAAUUGCAUUGGUUCAGUCCCGCCGUCGUAUUCGCAUACUCGAGAGCCACGCACAUGCAACGACGGAACGCAUGGCGAAGCGUAUUUUACCAUACCUUGGGGUCUUUACCGUCCACACUUUAGUGGCUUUAGUGAUAUACCUUGCACAACUAGGAACCGGGUUUGGUCGGAUAACACCCAACGCAUUGGAUCAACUAUCCCUCGUGCUCGAGACAUUGACACUCUUUGCUCUAUUCUUUCGUGAUGCUGGCGUCUUUAAAGUGUCAGUCCAACCGCGUACAAAUGGCUGCAGUCGAGGAGGAAUUAACUCAUCAAGAACUACGAUAGCGCACUUUGAAGCAGCAGGAGGUGGAACUUUCACGUCAAUAUCUGGGGUACCCGUUCCAUCUUUGGACAGUCGCAACGCAGACAAGAUUGACGUAUCGAACAAGCUUCGUAUGGAUGUGAUGCGGUACAUGUCGAAAGGUAUUAUGAGGUCUAUUGAGAUGGCCCAAGCUGUAGAACGAAAAGCUUUACGGAGCGAUGUUAGUAUCGAGUUUACUGGCUCUGACACGGAUGCUAACUUAGAUGAUGAUGGCUACUCGAGUGUGAAUUUUCAUGACUACACUCACGUGGAAAGUAUGGGUGUUGUUGUGGUCGGAGAGAAGGGUGGAACGAUGCUAAAUUUUCGUGAUUUUGCUCCCAAGAUUUUCCAUCGAAUUCGCGCACAGUUCAAUAUCGACCAAAACUUUUAUCGGGAGUCCUUCGAUCCGUCUCGAAUAUUAAGUGAACACGGCUCGGAGGGAAAGAGUGGAAACAUCUUUUACUUUACAGCUAACAAACAGUUUAUGGUAAAAAGUGUUCCCAAGGAAGAGUUCGAUACACUACGAGCCAUCUUGCCACACUAUCAUGAAUAUCUUCAGUCAAAUCCGAAUACCUUAUUGUGUCGAUAUUUUGGCUGCCAUUCAAUCUCCCUUCCAAUCGGCAAGCGACGUAUGUACUUUGUUGUGAUGCAAAACUUGUUUAACGAAGGACCGGUCCAUCAGCGUUUUGAUCUUAAGGGAAAUCGGGAUCGACGACAGGCAGUAAGCGCGACGACAAUGGAGGGACUCAUUGAGGUUGCCAAAGACAGAAAAGCUAUUGAUCAACUCAUGAUGGACAUUGAUUUCUUGAAAAUUAGUACUGGAAUGUCAUUGUCGUAUGCAAACACUGCUUUGCAACAAGAUCAGCUCUGUAGCGACUUUGUCUUCCUUGCAAGUCGCGGUAUUAUCGACUACAGCAUUCUUCUUGGCGUUCGUUAUGACGAUGUUGAGCAGCAUCGAUCUCAUCACAACGCACUAACAUCUCACGAUCAGAAAGAAUUCUACUACAUUGGAAUAGUAGAUAUGCUUCAGCGAUACAAUUGGCGCUGGACCUUACAACGUUGGUUAUUAGGCUGUUUACUCUGUAAAGAUACGCAUGACGUCAGUGCUGUCCCUGCGAACGAAUACGCAUCUCGGUUAGCAGAUUUCGUGCGGGACAAAUUAUUUAAUAUUCAACAUGCUGAUUCGCUAGAUUUUCAUCAUGUCUAUAGUGCAGAAGGUGACUAUGAUUGUGAGUCUCGGGAACCCAGUUUCGUGUCGUCGCCGCACACUUCGCUCAGUGUAUCUAUUAUGGAAUAUAAAAAUGAUACGUCCAUGGAAAUGCAAGAUUUGCCAGUUUUUUCAGCAACAAGUGCCUCAAAUCUUGAGCUGUCUUCUUCGUCGUCUUCUCCCUCGGUUGCGUACAGAUCGGUGCGUGAUUUUCCCGUUGAUCUGGUUCCAGAGACGCUAAAGUUUAUCGAAGAUCUUACUCUAGGUCUGAUUUCGUAUAUUAGAAAUAAUUAA